AAGGGGCCAGCUGCGCCUAAAUGCUCCCUGCCCCUCUGAUGCCUCCUUGUCUGGUGUAGGUUUGCAGCAAGGGCCAGGGCCAAGAAGGUAGACUGCCUUCCUCAGAGAGGGCGAGAUGGUGGAUGAAGCUUAGGACCAUACUGAAGAUCUGACCUGGACUUAAGGAGAUCAAGGAUUUGCUAAACUAGGAAUCUCAUUUCAGGUUUUUGGGUGAAGUUCCAUUCUUUUUUGUGGAAAUAGGAAGGUUUUACAUUUGGGAGAUUCAAAAUGGAGUCAGGUGGUGGUGGCGGUGGUGUGGCAGCUUUGGCCUCGUUCAUCAUGAAUGAAGAAGAACUGAAGAGAAAGCAGAGGGAGAAGCUGAAGAAAUUGCAGGCCACUGGAGGAAACCCUCGACCUCCACGUUCCUUGUUCUUCUUCACGCUCAAAAACCCUUUCCGCAAGACCUGCAUCAACAUUGUGGAAUGGAAACCCUUUGAGAUCAUUAUCCUGCUAACUAUCUUUGCUAACUGCAUAGCUCUGGCUGUGUUUCUCCCCAUGCCUGAAGAGGACACCAACAACACUAACUUAACAUUGGAGAGUCUGGAGUACAUCUUCCUGAUCAUUUUCACUCUGGAGUGCUUCCUAAAGAUAGUAGCGUAUGGGCUCCUGUUCCAUGAAGGAGCCUAUUUACGAAAUUGUUGGAACAUAUUAGACUUUGUUAUUGUGUUCAUGGGGCUCUUCACACUUAUUGUGGACACCAUCAACACAAUAGCAGGAGUUCCCAAAGAGAAGGGAGGCGGGUUUGACAUGAAGGCUCUUAGAGCGUUUCGAGUCUUGCGACCACUGCGGCUCGUCUCAGGAGUUCCCAGCCUGCAGGUGGUGAUGAGCUCUAUUCUGAAGUCCAUGUUGCCCCUCUUCCACAUUGCAUUACUAGUCUUCUUCAUGGUCACCAUUUAUGCCAUUAUGGGUUUGGAGCUGUUCAAAUGUAAAAUGCACAAGACAUGUUACUACCAGGGAACUAACAUCAUUGCCAUCAGGGAGAAUGAGAAGCCAUCACCCUGUGCUCAGGCUGGACACGGGCGCCGCUGCACCAUCAAUGGCACUGAAUGUCGGGCAGGUUGGCCUGGUCCCAACUUUGGCAUCACCCAUUUUGACAACUUUGGCUUUUCUAUGCUCACAGUCUUUCAGUGUAUCACAAUGGAGAGCUGGACUGAUGUGCUCUACUGGAUUAAUGAUGCCAUGGGGAAUGACUGGCCGUGGAUCUACUUCCUGACUCUAAUACUGCUGGGCUCCUUCUUCAUCCUCAACCUCGUCCUUGGAGUACUGAGCGGGGAGUUUACUAAGGAGAGGGAGAAGUCACGGUCACGAGGAGAGUACCAAAAGCUACGAGAGCGACAACAAAUGGAUGAGGAUCUGAAAGGUUAUAUGGAAUGGAUCACUCAUGCUGAAGUUAUGGAUGGAGAUUCUGAGGCACUUCUUCUUCUUAGAAAGGACACUGAUUCAGAGACAGAUAGUUUAUACAAGAUGGAGGGGAUCAACAAGGUGGUCUAUUUCUACCGCCUUGCACGCCGCUGGAACAUCGUUUUACGUAGGAAGUGUCAUGCCUGGGUGAAAUCUAAAUUCUUCUACUGGUGGGUUCUCCUUGUUGUGUUACUCAACACUCUGGUCAUUGCGACGGAGCAUCAUAACCAGACUGAGGGGUUAACAAGUUUUCAAGACACUGCCAAUAUGAUCCUGCUCGUCUGUUUCACGAUUGAGAUGGUUAUGAAGAUGUAUGCAUUUGGUCUGAGAGCCUACUUUAUGUCCAUCUUCAACCGAUUUGACUGCUUCGUGGUCACGAUUGGACUACUGGAGAUCUUCCUGGUCGUGUCAGGCAUCAUGACACCACUGGGGAUCUCUGUGAUGAGAUGCAUACGACUCCUACGCUUAUUCAAGCUCACAAAGUACUGGACAUCACUUAAUAACUUAGUGGCAUCACUUCUAAACUCAGUGAAAUCCAUCGCCUCCCUGCUCCUGCUCCUCUUCCUCUUCAUCGUCAUCUUCGCUCUCCUGGGUAUGCAGGUGUUUGGUGGGAAAUUCAACUUCCCUGACAGAGUGGUUCAGCGCAGUAACUUUGACAAUUUCCCACAGGCCCUAAUCAGUGUGUUCCAGGUCCUGACUGGAGAGGAGUGGGACACGAUCAUGUUCAAUGGAAUCAUGGCUCACGGUGGACCUCAAUCCCCAGGAAUUCUUGUCAGCAUAUACUUCAUAAUUCUAUAUUUCUGUGGAAACUUCGUUCUCUUGAAUGUGUUCUUGGCCAUCGCUGUGGACAAUCUAGCCGAGGCUGAGAGUCUGACAGCAGCACAAAAAGAGAAAGCAGAGGAGAAAGCCCGGAGGAAACUCAUGAGAACAUUGCCAGAGAAGAGUGAGGAAGAGAAGGCCCUGCUGGCUAAGAGACUGAUGGAGUCCAGGUCAAAAGCUGAGGGAAUGCCCACCACAGCCAAGCUCAAGAUAGAUGAGUUUGAAUCAAAUGUUAAUGAAGUGAAGGACCCCUUCCCUCCUGCAGACUUUCCAGGUGAUGAUGAGGAAGAGGAACCAGAGAUCCCAAUCAGCCCCAGGCCCAGACCCAUGGCCGACCUGCAGCUCAAGGAGACAGUGGUGCCUAUGCCCGAGGCCAGCUCCUUUUUCAUCUUUGGCCCACAGAACAAGUUCCGGAAGAUUUGCCACAGGAUCAUCAACCACACCUCCUUCACCAACAUCAUCCUCCUCUUCAUCCUCCUCAGCAGUAUCUCCCUGGCUGCUGAAGACCCCAUCGACCCCCAUUCAUUCCGAAACAAGGUUUUGGCUUAUGCCGACAUUGUCUUCACGACUGUCUUCACCAUUGAGAUUGUGCUGAAGAUGACGGUUUAUGGAGCGUUCCUGCACACUGGCUCUUUCUGCCGAAACUCCUUCAACAUUCUAGAUCUCAUUGUUGUGGGUGUUUCCCUCUUGUCCAUGGGCAUGGAGUCUAGUACCAUCUCAGUGGUGAAGAUUCUCAGGGUGUUGAGGGUACUAAGACCUCUAAGGGCCAUCAACCGAGCCAAAGGGUUAAAGCACGUGGUCCAGUGUAUGUUUGUGGCCAUAAAGACCAUCGGUAAUAUCGUCUUGGUCACCAUGCUCUUGGACUUCAUGUUCGCCUGCAUAGGAGUGCAACUCUUCAAGGGGAAAUUGUUCUAUUGUACGGACCCCUUGCAAAAGACAGCAGAAGAGUGUCGAGGAACAUUUUUAAAGCAUGUGCAAAACUCUCUUCACGACACGGAGGUCCAUCAGCGCCAGUGGGUCAACAGCGACUUCAACUUUGACAAUGUGCUGAACGGCAUGCUGGCUCUCUUUACCAUUUCCACAUUUGAGGGCUGGCCAGAGAUCCUUUAUAGGGCCAUAGACUCAGAUCAAGUGGACAUGGGCCCUUUGUACAAUAAUCGUGUGGGUAUCUCCAUAUUCUUUGUCAUCUACAUCAUCAUCAUUGCCUUCUUCAUGAUGAACAUCUUUGUGGGCUUCGUCAUUGUCACUUUCCAAAAACAAGGAGAGCAGGAGUACAAGAACUGCGAGCUGGACAAAAACCAGCGUCAAUGUGUACAGUAUGCACUGAAAGCACGACCGCUCAAAUGCUACAUCCCAAAGAACCCACACCAGUACCGUGUGUGGUACUUCGUGACCUCCUGCUACUUUGAGUAUCUCAUGUUCUUUCUCAUCAUGCUCAACACACUGUGUCUUGGAAUGCAGCACUGCAACCAGUCUGAUCAUAUAACCAAACUCUCUGACACUCUUAACCUCAUCUUCACUGUCCUGUUCACUGGCGAGAUGAUUGUCAAACUCAUUGCAUUCAAAGCAAAGGGUUACUUUGGAGACCCUUGGAAUGUGUUUGAUUUCGUCAUCGUGGUCGGUAGUAUCGUUGACGUGGUCCUCAGUGAGGUUGAUGCUGCUCUGGAGACCAGCGGAGGAAUCUGGUGUCUACAUGGUUGUGCUGAAGUGAAUCCAAUGCAGGCAAUUGCUGAUGCAGAAAAUGUCAGAGUUUCCAUCACAUUCUUCCGACUGUUCCGUGUGCUGCGUCUCAUUAAACUACUCAAUCGCUCAGAGGGGAUCAGGAACCUUCUUUGGACCUUUAUUAAGUCCUUCCAGGCAUUGCCUCAUGUGGCUCUUCUCAUUGUCAUGCUCUUCUUCAUCUAUGCUGUCAUAGGGAUGCAGAUGUUUGGUAAAAUAUCCCUGGUUGAUGGUACAGAGAUUAACCGCAACAACAACUUCCAAACUUUCCCCCAAGCUGUUUUGGUAUUGUUUCGUGUUGCCACUGGAGAGCAGUGGCCUAAAAUCAUGUUAGCCUCUAUGUAUGGGAAGCUCUGUGACCCCAAAUCAGACUACGGCCCUGGAGAGGAGUAUACCUGCGGCUCCAGCAUUUCUGUCUUCUACUUCCUCAGCUUUUACAUGCUGUGUGCAUUUUUGGUUAUCAAUUUGUUUGUGGCUGUCAUCAUGGACAAUUUUGACUACCUCACUCAUGACUGGUCAAUCCUUGGCCCGCAUCACCUGGAUGAGUUCAAAAAGAUCUGGGCGGAGUAUGACCCUGAAGCAACGGGACGAAUCAAACAUCUCGAUGUAGUCACUCUCCUGCGGCGGAUCCAACCACCAUUGGGUUUUGGUAAAUUUUGUCCCCACCGCUCAGCAUGUAAGCGCCUGAUUUCCAUGAACAUGCCGCUGAACAGCGACGGCACAGUGACCUUCAACGCCACUCUCUUCGCACUGGUCAGAACAGCUUUGAAAAUCAAAACUGAAGGAAACUUUGAGCAGGCCAAUGAGGAGCUGAGAGCCAUCAUUAAGUCGAUUUGGAAACGGACCAGUAUGAAGUUGUUGGACCAGGUCAUUCCGCCCAUUGGAGAGGACGAAGUCACCGUUGGAAAGUUCUAUGCCACCUUCCUGAUUCAGGAACAUUUCCGCAAGUUUAUGAAGCGGCAGGAGGAAUACUACGGUUACAGGCCCACCAAGAAGAACACUGAUGAGAUUAAGGCAGGUCUACGCAGCAUCGAGGAGGAGGCAGCACCUGAACUGCACAGGGCCAUCUCAGGUGAUCUGAUCGCUGAGGAUGAGAUGGAGCGUGCCAUGGAGGGCGGAGAGGAGGGCAUCUACAGGCGGACAGGAGGUCUCUUUGGACUCAAUGCAGACCCCUUCUCCUCUGAGCCCAACAGCCCCCUAUCCACACAGAUGACCAGCCAGAGGCCACUGCAGUUUGCGGAGACUCGACUAGAGGAUGUAGAAUCCCCUCCAGACUCCGUCUUCCUCCCGAACACUGUGUUCUUCCCUGAUAACAUGCCAACAACAACCAACACCAAUAACAAUGCCAAAUUUAUUAAAGAUAUAUCAUCCAGGUGUACUUUUGAGAGUGAGUCACUGUCAACUGCUGCAACCAGAAACUAUUCAUACGAGGACAUAAGUGAAAACAGAGACUCCAGUUUGUAUGUGGGCGGAGCCUCAAGUGUUGAUGACAGACGGCUGUCAGAUUUCACCGUGAGAACCGAUAUCACACAGUUCCCAUAUAAUCCCUCAUAUGGAGCAUCAAAGAACCAGAGAGCAGCAACAGAAGCUUCACCAGCCACCGACAAACUCAUUCAGCAGGCACUGAGAGAUGGUGGUCUAGAUUCUUUGGCUGAUGAUCCACAGUUUGUAUCUGUGACUAGGAAGGAGUUGGCAGAAGCCAUAAAUAUUGGUGUGGCAGAUAUGGAGGGCAUGGCUCAGGGUAUUGUAAACGGGCAGAGCGGCAAGGUAACAAAACGUAAACGGCGUCCCAUCCCAGUUCCACCCGGCACCAAGCCAGCCAAACCCAAUGAAGACACUAGUGCAGUGUAGAUACAUACUGAGAGACAUUCAACAAAUUCAUGAGACGUCAUCAGCCUGAAUCCUCUGCCAUUGUACAAAAUCACUUGCCUCACAGUUUAUGAACAGGUAAUGCUGUUUGUUUUGAAGGGUACUUUAACAAAUCUGUAGUCUGCCAUACAAAGUCUGGUGAUUUUUAUUUCAGCUGGCUACUCUGAUUCAGGACUUGUUUGUUUUUUGGUGAAUGAAACCAAACAUCCUCAAUAAAAGUGUUCACACUUCUGUUCUGUGAACAUUUACUGUUGAGUGACUUGCAUAAUACAGACAAAUGCCUGAAAAUGCUGUAAUCCGUUGACACAGAGACACAAAGGCAAGUCUUUUCUUUUGUUUGUCACAUGUGCUUGUGGUUUAAACUGCACAUAUUUGUAACACUAAAACAGUUGACUGCUCACUGUUAAGUUACAUUCAUAGGACACACAUUAUUUAAGAAAUUACUGAUUUUUUUUUUUUUUUUGUAUUUAGUUAUUAUUUGUUAUUACACUGGACGGGGUUCUAAAUCUUGGCUUCUUGUUUACAGGAAAAUGUUUAAGGUGGAUUUUAGAAUAACAGACUGUAUACAUGAAACAUAUUGGUCCUAAAAAGAAAUUUGAUUCUUUUCUCUUUUUUUUUUCCCUUUCUUUUAAUUUAAAUGGGAAGUGUUUGCAUGCCUGUGCUCUGUGGCAAGCACAAUAUGCAAAGCACUUCAUUUGUGUUUUUACAUUUACUCACUUAGCAGAUGCUUUUAUCCAAAAUGACUUACAAAUGAGACAAGAAGGUACAUUAGGACUUGUCUGGUAAAAUUAAAAGUUUUUACCUGCAAAUCGAAAUGCAUGUUCAUAUAUUUCAUAUGAGCCUUUACAUUCUUCAAAAGAAUCUUCCUCAGUGCUCAUAAUUUUUUUUCUGGAUUUUUAUUUUUACAUUUCAUUUAAAGCAACAUAGUGGAACUUUUGGCGCUCUAGCGGUUGAUAAACAGAACUGCAUGCGUCUUGCGGAAGAACAUUGUAGCCGGAGCUACUUCUCUCUGUUUAUGUCUAUGACUAGUCAAGCAGGUACUGUGCUACUCCGCAGCAGUGCCGACCCGACCAGUCUUGAAUAGUCCAAAUAUGAUAUAAACACUUAUUAUAGGUGCACCGUAGUGAUUCAGGAUAAGACAAAAACACGGUUUGGAAAAUGGAUUCAUGAUGUACUUGCUCAUUAUAUACAUUUACACAAAAAAGUAACAGUGUUGCUUUAAUGGCUUGUAUGUUUGUUGUAUAGUGUAUGACGUUGGAAGAAAAGAGAAAGAAUGGGAUCAGUAUGUGACGCAGGCUGGAUUGAACUGUGUCCCUGUGAGAACAACUGCUUUUUUGUUUUUUUGUUUUAGUGUCGUGCACUAUACACAGGUACAGUGUAUAGACGUUUGCGUUUACACAACAUUAGAGACUUUAAGCAGCAGCUGCUGAUACAACGGCAACGGCAUUCUGGCGUUCUGUUGCGCAUGCGCAAAGUUAACUGCUACUUCUUGGCGUUCUACUGUAACCGUCUACUACGGGAGAAUAGCCGAUUUGCCGUAGUCGAUAAUACGGUACAUACGUAUGUUCUAUGGUUAUGUGGUAUUUUAGUUGUAUCUGUAUGUCAUUUAAUGCCAAAAGCAACCAUUCUCUUGCUUUUAUUUAUAUGUAAUGUAUUAUUUACUAUGUCAAAUGAUUAAAUGAUCCACGCCGUCCUCUUUGUUGUUGCUUAGCGAUUUUUGCGUUCUUUAGCUACGGCAGUUGACAGUUUACUUCCGGUCGCUGUUGCCGUUCCAUCAACAGCUGUUGCUUAAAGUCCCUAUUGUUUUCAAAUAAAAACUGAAAACUUUUUAUGCGUUUUGGCCAUUCAUUUACACGACAAUGGCAUUUUGGGGGCCUGAAAACGGGUUUCAAAAGUGCAAGUUUUUGAAAACGAUAACGUUAUUGUAUGCGUUUUCAGCAUACAGGCGCAUAGUUUAUCUUUACAAAGUGACCUCGCCAUUUACUGGGCUGCGUUUUUAAUCUUUUUACCGGAUCCGUGUCAACAGGGAUCGUUUUUUUUACAACUUUGUAGUCAAUGCCGAAAACGCAAAGGAAAAACUUUUCAGUUUUUGUCGUGUAAACGUACCCUUAGAAAAGAUUUUUCAGUAGGCUAAAGGAGUUUUCUGGGGACAUUAGGUGUAGAUGCUGACACGUGCUGCUUCCUUUUAUCUGUCAUUUUCUACACUCAAUGUGGGUAAGGUGCAAACUGCAGAGGCGUUGUGUGCGCUGUGUAAACGAUGAUUAUUGUAGUUCUACUCUAAAUGUGAACAUGCAUUUACUAAUCUCACUUGCACAAAAACAGACUCAGUAUUUCUCAAAAUGAAUAAAAACAGUGAAAUGCAAUCUCAGAAUAUUACGCAAACCUGCAAUAAUGCAAAUAUACUUAUGUAUUUAAUCUCACUUUAUUAAAUGUCUUCGCUGCUGACCUUCAAUGACUCACUUCAACCAUACUAAUAAGCAAAAACAGCUUUUAUCACAUGUGUUUAAUUUUUUAUUGCUGAUGCAAGUGUUGAACUUUUGUCUCCUGUGUCCUAUUUUUCUGCUAUCCAGAACAAGUACAGGUCUCUACAGGACAUUAAAGGGAUAGUUCACCCAAAAAUGAAAAUUUGAUGUUUAUCUGCUUACCCACAGGGCAUCCAAGAUGUAGGUGACUUUGUUUCUUCAGUAGAACACAAAUGAUGAUUUUUAACUCCAACCGUUGCGGUCUGUCAGUCGUAUAAUGCAUUGAAACGGUAACACCAUCUAUGAGAAUAAAAAAAAACUAUGCUCAAACAAAUCCAAAUUAAACCCUGCGGCUCGUGACGACACAUUGAUGUCCUAAGACACAAAACAGUAUUUUUUUAAAUACUGUUCGUUCUCGCACAAACCGAUCAUUUCAUGUCUUAUCAUCAUUUGUGUUCUACUGAAGAAACAAAGUCACCUACAUCUUGGAUGCCCUGGGGGUAAGCAGAUCACUUUUUUCAUUUUUGGGUGAACUAUCCCUUUAAUGAUUGAUGGGCGAGGCCAUAAACAGAGAGGCGUUUUUGAGAGCGGAUCAUUUUCAUUGCAUGAUAUAUAAACACCCACCAGUUUGAAAACACCCACAAAUACAGAAACGCCCACUUUUGUUCCGCAGAGACCUCAUACUCAUCCAGAAUGGCAGCACAGCUGAAAGGUUUGUUUGAGCUGCGCCCUCUACUGUACAGACGUGAAUUUGCAUUUCCUUCAGAUUGAAGCCUUUUCAUUUCACUUCUGGUGUGAAAGGGCCUUUACAUUUGCAAAAAAUAGAACUUUUUUGUUAUUAAAAAACAAACAAGCCCAGCCAAGGUGAGAAAAAGUAAGGCAAAAGUAACGCAUUACUUUCCAGAAAAAGUUACUUUUUUAGGGUGUAACAGAAUAUUGUAAUGCAUUACUUUUAAAAGUAACUAACUACAAAUAACACUGAUUUUCCACUAAUCAAAGCAUGUAAAGCAUGCACAUCACAAAUACAGUGCAGAUACUUGACUAAAAUAAUAAUGAAAAACACUUGCUCUAGAAAAGUUUUUCACUGAGAAACAAUGUACAUUUUUAAAUCUUCUAAACAGCUGACUACACUGUUGCAACGUUGCAUCUUUUUGAAGUAUAGUUGAACUUGAAAAACAGAAGAAUGUGUUGCCACAAAUUGAAGCUGUAUUUUCUCUUGUACAAGGUUUAAUUUGUCAUUUCUGUUCAGAACAUGUUUUUAUAUUUAAUUGCACAGUACAAUAUUUUUUUGUUGUUGAUGUAUUUGCAUUGUGCAGAUGCACACAUUUUCUCUUUCCACCUCAGGCCGUGUGUCUUUCAAAUGAAUAUGUAAUGAGGUUAAAAGUGCAAUUUUAUAAACGGGAGAAACAUUGUUCACUUUUUUUCCUUUGGAAAUGGGAAAAGGCUCUCUAAGCCAUUUAGAUUCAUAAUCUGAAAAAUGUUCAAACCAUUUGGAGGUAAUGGUAACAUUUAAAUAAACUAUAUUCACUGUUUCUCAAAUGAA